AUGUCAGGUGUUUUUUCUACAGUAGUUAAUUUUACUACUGAACAGUUUCUUAAACGAGCUGGUAAACUAUCAGUACUUGCUGAUAUACAAAAUCAGAGUGAAUCUGGUCAGUUAAGCUGUUCUUUACAGUUUCCUAAGUAUCACAAGCGAUGUCGACAAAGUGCUGCUUCUAAAAACGUAGUUCUGAGUGCGUCUAUCCAUCUUCUCACUUGUGAUAAUAUUAAAAAAACAAUUUGUCAAGCAUAUGAUGAUGCUUAUGAUCUACUAUCUAAGCUUGAUGUUCAUAUCGCUUUGAAGAAAGCAAAAAAAGCUGAAAUGCUUCAAGUGAGCUCCUUUGUACGAGCUCAGUUUGAUAGAAAAUUUAAAAAGGUCUCCUACGAUGAUGAUGAAUCGUAUUUAUCUGAUAAUGAUGAAUCAAGCUAUAAAUUCAGAUCGGAUAUCAAUACUGCAGCGGACUUAGAUGAUGAUAGUUCAUGUGAUGAUGAAACUGAAAAUGUGUCUUCAAUUUCAGCUAGUGGUAAAUCUCAGUUUCAUGGAAUGAGAGUGUGCGACACUAUUCCUUCCUCACUUGCGAAGUCCUACUUUCGUGUUGAACUUGAUGGGAAAAAAAAAAUAUUCACAAACAGACAGCCUGCUGGCUUUUAACAGAUACUAAUAAUCGUUUGUCAGCUGAUCGACUUAGACGAGUUCAACAAAGCAGUUCUUAGAUUAAUAAAAAGCUUGUAAGAAAUACUUAGGAAUAUUUUGACAUGAUCAACUUCUGCUAUUUUUUAUUGCUUCAUGUUUCUUUUAUUGAUAUUUCAUAGUUCGCUUUUCCUCUAUGUGAUAAAAAACCAAAAUUCUCUAAUGUCUCAGUUGACUUGAUACCAAUCUUAUUACAAGAUGUAUCUACACUUCACAUAUCAGUAGAUGUUUUUUUUAAAUUGACUCUGGUAUUUUUCAGGGCUUAUAAUUGCCUGUCAAAUUCAUGGUAAUGAAUAUCAAAGAGAAAUAGAGCAAUGAACACGGGUUUACCGAAAGAGCUUCACAUGAAAAGAAAAUAGUAGGCACGGGUUUUCCGAAAAAUGCCUAAAAAUCAAUGUAUGGAUGCGGGUUUACCGAGUAUCAUCCGAAGCAAAAAUAGGUAUAAAUAGGCACGAGUAUUCCGUAUAAAACUUGUCUAAAUUGUUUCAAUCCAUUUUGAAUUUUUAAAUUAAAACCACGCAUAGCGAACAAAUAAGGAUGCGGGUUUUCCGAAUACACAUCCACCUCUUCGCAGUAGGAUGGGCUCUACGUGCCGAAGAGGAGAAACACUGUCUGAAAGUAGUGGCCAACAAUCCUGCAUCUUUUGGUCAAUCGCAAAAUUAAGAAAUAAAAGAGUUAUGUUAAUAAAAACAGUAAAUUAAAGAAAGUUGGAUCUUCUGAUUUAUUGUUUUAUAAUUUUCUGUUAUUUUCAGAUACAAUGAGGAACCCGCAAGUAUGGUGGGAAUUCCGGAAAUUUUUUGGAGAAUCCUUUGGGAAUCCCGGAAAUCUCGGGAAUCCGGUGGGAAUCUCGGGAAUCCGGUGGGAAUCUCGGGAAUCUGGUGGGAAUCCUGGGAAUCCCAUGGGAAUCCUGGAAAUCCCGUGGGAAUCCUGGGAAUCUUGGGAAUCCAGAAUCCGCCGUUUCCCCCUUGAAAAUUUUACUCAAAGACAAUUCACCCAGAACUAUAGUAACGCAACAAAUCUUAUUGCAAGAAGGAAACUUGUUUUUAUAUGUUGAUGGGGUAAUCAAAGCUAAAUGGUGUGGGUGGGGUGUGGGUGGGUGGUGUCGGUGUGGGUGUGAGUGUGGGCUGUGGGUGUAGGUGUGGGUGUGGGGUGUGGGUGUGGGUGUGUGGUGUGGGUGUGGGUCGGUGUGGGGGUCCGCGUGAGUGGGUGUGCAUGGGAUGUCGGGUGUGGGUGGAUGUGGGUGUGGGGUAUGGGUGAGUGGCGUGUGGGUGUCUGCGAAGAGAAUAUCCACAGCCGACACCCCACGGCCAUGGCCACGAGCACCCACACUCCGCCCACAUCCACAACCCCCACCCCCACCCCCACCCACACCCACAUCCACACCCACCCAUACCCAUACCCACACCCAUACCCACACCGACACCACCCAGAACUAUAGUAACGCAACAAAUCUUAUUGCAAGAAGGAAAC